AUGGUUCCGCACGUUCCUAAUGCCCGAUCCGAAUCCUACGGCUCGACUCAAAAGCUGCUCUCACGCUCCUCAAUACCAUGCUCCCCCUCCUCAUCUGCUUUUGAGUCGACUCAAAAGCUGCUCUCACGCUCCUCGCUACCAUGCUCCCCCUCCUCAUCUGCUUUUGAGUCGACUCAAAAGCUGCUCUCACGCUCCUCACUACCAUGCUCCCCCUCCUCAUCUGCUUUUGAGUCGACUCAAAAGCUGCUCUCACGCUCCUCACUACCAUGCUCCCCCUCCUCAUAUGCCCCCCAGCACGCCAGUCCUCUUCCUCUGCUGCCCUCAACCUGCCCCACAAGCUCAAGCACUCCAAUCCUCUGUCUCUGCUGCCCUCUCAACCCGCCCCACAAGCGCCAACGCGCUCUCCUCACAGCCACCUCCUUGCUCCCUUUUGUCUUCUCCCCACCCCUCCUCCCUCUCUCUUCUCUCCCACCCUUUCCCCACACACAGGCACUCCAAUCCUCUGUCUCUGCUGCCCUCAACCCGCCCCACAAGCGUCAGCGCCCUCUCCUCACGGCCACCUCGCUACCCCACCCUGCCUCCCACACCUCUCGCUCCUUCACCUCUGCGGCUGCGGCUGCUGCAGCUGCAGCUGCUGCUGGCGGCGGUGCUGCGUCAGGUGGAUUCUCAGGUGCUGGUUCAGGUGGGAAGCUAGCCCUAACAGGGUCCGGUGCUAGUGCAGGUGUCAGUGUUGCCACUAGCGCUGGUGCUAAUGUUGCAGCUAGUGCCACAUCGGCCAUGGGGAGAGAUCCAGCUGCUGCAGUGCCCGGGGUAAAGAAGCGGCAUCUGCAGCAACAGCAGCCACAGUUUCACUUUCUCUCGUCCCACCCUCCCUCCUCCACCACCGUCCCCUCUGCUGCCUCCAACCCUCAUUUCUUCUUCAGCAGCAAGAGCCUACGCACCUCGCCCUCCCACUCCUACACCUCUGCUGCUGUUCCCUCCCUCUCCUCUGGCCUUCCCCCCCACCCACAGUCUGCUCUUAUCCGCACACGCUCUGACCCAUCCCAACUCCUCGGCUCGGAGACGGGUCGAGUAGCCGGUAGCCAUAUGUCUGGUUCAGGCGCAGGUUUCCAGACAGGCUCGGAGAGCAGGCCCGGGCUGAGCUACGGGAGCAGGUCUGCCUCGGUGUUGGUUCCAGGUCCGGUGCUGGGCGGCAUGAGCUUCGGCUCUGACCCUUGGACCCCCACCACUGCCGAUGGCUCUACCUCUUUCUUUCACUCGUUUGCUACUUCCUCCACCUCCACCACUCCCACUGCACUCACCCCUGCUGAUGGCACCACCCCCACCACCACCGCUGCCAACACUCCUGUUGAGGGGGUCACUCCUACCACGCCUGCCAGCAGCACCGCUUUCAACCGCGCUCAAAAGUCCCCCACCACCCCGGCUGCGUCUGAGAAGGACUCCCCAGCUGCCGUUGCUAUGAGCAGGCCUAUCAGCAGGGGGGAGGACAACCUGGUGAACCAGCGCGUGGCCACACACGCCCUCUCCAAGCAGGGCGCUCGCGUCGAGGUGGUGGGCAACGGGCAGCUCGCUCUCACCGCCAUGGAGGAGCGGGCGGCGUCGUUCGACCUCAUUCUCAUGGACAUUCAGAUGCCGGUGAUGGAUGGGCUGGAGGCCACUCGCCGCAUCCGCCAGCUGGAAACUUCCAGGAGGCGACUCUCGGGCAGCAAAGCAGCACGGCAGCACCACAAGGGGCAGCAGCACGGGCAGAAGGACGGGAAAGAAGGGGGAGGGUCAGGGGGAGAGGGAGGAGGGGCGGGAGGAGGGGGAGGGGGAGAGGGAAGAAGGAUAGGCAUAGUGGGGUUGACGGCACACGCAAUGGCUGGGUACAAGGAGCAGUGCUUUGAAGCGGGUAUGGAUGGGUAUGCUACUAAACCCUUCAAAAUCGAGAUGCUGGUGCGAGCGAUUAAAGCCGUGCUGGGAGGAGCGGUGAAUGUGGAUGGCACUAAAUAG